CCAGCUGGCAGCCGUUGCUCCCUGCAGUCAGAGCCCAAACGGAGAGCUCCAGGCACGACUCCCGGACGAGACAUGUCGGAACGCCACGUCCCCUUCACUUUCCUCCGCAGUCCCAGCUGGGACCCCUUCCGGGAUUGGUAUCGGGGCAACCGCCUCUUCGACCAGUCCUUUGGGAUGCCCCUCAUCCCUGAAGACUGGUACAAAUGGCCCGUGGGGACCACCAGUUGGCCAGGAUACGUCCGCCCGCUGGCCGGCGCGAGCCCCGAAGUGGGGGCUAGUGGACCCAUCGUCACCUCGCCGAGUGCCAACCCGGCCUACAACCGGGCCCUGAGCCGCCAACUGAGCAGCGGCAUCUCCGAGAUUCGGCAAACUCCGGACAGCUGGAAAGUGGCCUUGGACGUCAACCAUUUCGCACCGGAGGAACUGGUGGUGAAGACCAAGGAUGGGGUGGUGGAGAUAACUGGUAAACAUGAAGAGAGACAAGAUGAGCAUGGGUUCAUUUCCAGAUGUUUCACCAGAAAAUACACACUUCCCCCUGGUAUCGAGCCUGCCGCAGUCCGCUCAACGCUUUCCCCAGACGGCACGCUGACCGUGGAAGCCCCGUUGCCCAAACCAGCCAUCCAGUCUGCUGAGAUCAAGAUCCCCGUCACAUUUGAGGCCCAUGCCCAAAUCCUUCCAUCAGAUGCCAAGAAGCCUGAGGAUGCAACCAAGAAAUAACCGGCCU